UGAUGACAUAACCUAAAAAAAAUCAUCUUUCAUAACAAUAAAAAUUCCAAACAUUUUAAAUGAUGCUGGAAUGAAUUCACUACUAGGAAGAUUGGUUUGUUCGGCCAAUUUAGCUAAUAGCUUGGGAAAAAGAGCUAUAAGCACCACAGAAAAGCUAUGCCUCUUUUGGGAAAAAGACGACAAGGGUGGCUACACAGAUCCACUACCACCAUUUACUACACGUAUGAAAGUGGGCCUGUCGGAACUUAGAAAGGAAGUGGUUUUAUGGAAAGAAGAGUUCAAAGAAGCCUUUGAUGGAGAUCCAAUUCUCAUUCACCGGCCAGGAGAAACUGACAUAGCGUGGAGAUUCAAGACUGAAGAGUCUCUCGAAAAAUGGAAGGUUGUUUGUGAUGCAGACCAUAAUGAAGGAUACAGUCAAUGUAGUUUAACUCGAAAUAAUCAUGGUAAUGGAGUUUUCAGUGGUAAUAUUAAUUUGAGAGUACCCAAGGAUGGCCGAGUGAAGAGGGCUGGAUAUUGUAAUAUGAAAACAUUUGCCCCUAGGAGGUCUUUUAAAAGAGAAGCAUAUUAUGACUGGACAGGAUAUAAUACACUGGUAAUGAAAGUUAGAGGAGAUGGAAGGACAUAUUUGUUAAAUUUAGCUACAAGAGGCUAUUUUGAUAUGACUUGGAAUGAUAUGUACCAUUAUCAGUUGUAUACUAGAGGUGGACCCUAUUGGCAAAUUGCCAAAAUUCCUUUUUCCAAGUUCUUUUUUGCUUCUAAAGGAAGAAUUCAAGAUGAACAAAGGGCAAUCAGGCUAGAUAUGAUUUCAGCUUUUGGUAUAUCCGCUCAAGAUCGACACGGCGGUCCAUUUUCACUGGAAAUUGACUAUAUCGGCUUAGAAUAUGAUCCAAGACAUGUUGAAGAAUUUGCUUAUGAACAGUAUGAACUAGAGAAUGGUUUAGCAGGUACAUAAAAUUUGUUAUAAUAAAGUUAAUGUAUUUAUUGUACAUAAUUA